AUGCGAUGGAAACAAACAGCACUUUCAGCCAUUAUAAAAAUGAUGGCAGAAGACUGGAUGAAGUUGAAGACAACAAAAGAGAGGGAUAUAAUGGUGGAGCGAGCACAGAUUGCUAGAAUGAUUGUCAUUAGCGGAUACGUUCUAAUGGUAUUGGCGUUCACAGUGAUCAUCGUUCUUCCGUAUUUUGGCUCAACGUUAAGGCAUUUAACGAAUCUCACGGAUCCGGGCAAGCCGUUGCCGCUGCAGACUUAUUAUUUUUACGACAUAGAUAAGAGCCCGCAAUUUGAACUAACAUACAUCGUUCAAGCUAUUACAAUUGUCUUGGCCGCUGUAACUUACACCUCAGUAGAUGCUUUUCUUGGUCUCGUAAUCCUUCACUUCAGUGGUCAACUGGAAACUUUCAAAGGCCGUAUAGCUAAUUUGAUUUCGUGCCAAGAUUUCAUCUACAUUCUGAGUAAUACCAUAGUGAAUCAUAUGCGGCUCAUCAGAUUCGCCAAUAUUAUUGAAAAUAUCUUCUCUUUAAUGAUGUUGAGUUUAGUAUUUAAUUUUGGUAUUGUAUUUUGUCUGCAUGGAUUCUUAUUGCUUACUGUGAUUACCGAAGAGAGUGAUCUUUCUUUCGCACGGUUAUGUUUUCCGUUAGUUAGUAUCACUAUUUUGCUUACGCAUACUUUCCUUUAUUAUGGUGCCGGAGAGUUCAUAACGAUACAAUGCGAUGGAGUAUAUCGUGCUCUGUGCGAUCUUGAAUGGUACAAACUAGAACCAAAAUACGCAAGGACAUUUAUCUUAUUAAUGAGACGAACUAGUCAACCUUUCCGCAUUACUGCAGGAAAAGUAUUUCCACUUACGAUGACCACAUUUUGCAGUUUGUUGAAAACAUCGGCUGGCUACAUAUCAUUUCUAUUGGCAAACCGAAGAUGAAAACGAAAUGCAAAAAUCACGCUAGUACAAUAUU